UGUCCAGUUGCCUUCUGUGGAGGUGAGAUAUAAGAAUCUUCGCGUAGAAGCUGAGUGUAAAGUAGUUCAGGGAAAGCCACUCCCAACUCUCUGGAAUUCUUUUCAAAGUCUGGUUUCUGAGAGUGUCAUGAUACCUGGUUUAAAGUCUAAACGGGCAAAGAUAAUCAUAUUAAAGGAUGUCAGUGGUGUCAUUAAGCCAGGAAGGAUGACUCUCCUUCUUGGUCCUCCAGGAUGUGGGAAAACCACAUUGUUGAAAGCACUCUCGGGGAACUUAAACAAAUCUCUCAAGAUUAGUGGUGAAAUUUCUUACAAUGGGUACAAACUAGAAGAAUUUGUUCCCCAGAAAACUUCUGCUUAUAUAAGCCAAGAUGAUUUGCAUAUCCCCGAAAUGUCUGUUAGGGAAACGCUAGAUUUUUCAGCUCAUUGCCAGGGUACUGGAACUCGUGCAGAGAUUAUGAUGGAGAUUAAUAGAAGGGAGAAAGAGGGAGGGAUUAUUCCUGAUCCAGAUGUUGAUACUUUUAUGAAGGUGAAAUAUUGAUAUU